AUGAAGGCCUUCUCACGAAAUUCUGUUUGGUGGCCAUAUCUGGACAAGGAUAUUGAAGCUACUGUGCAGAGUUGUAAUGCAUGCCAGAUCAAUGCUAAACUACCACCCACAACGCCCAUGCAUCCAUGGGAAUAUCCUAAAGGACCUUGGGAUCGUGUUCACAUUGACUUCGCAGGACCUUUCCUGAACCGAAUGUUUCUCAUUGUGACUGACGCUUAUUCCAAGUGGAUGGAGGUAAUUCCAAUGGUUAGUACAACAUCAGAAGCUACAAUAAAUGAACUGAGAGGACUGUUCUCAUCACAGGGAUUACCAACUACACUGGUAUCAGACAACGGUUCCCAAUUCACAAGCAGAGAAUUUCAAGCAUUUAUGAAUGCAAAUGGUAUUAUCCAUUUAACGUGGAGACCACCAUAUCAUCCUCGAUCAAAUGGCCUGGCAGAACGAUCGGUUCAGAUGUUCAAGGAAGGAAUGAAAAAGCUUUGUAGUGGGAGUGUGGAAACAAAGUUAUCAAGAUUUCAGUUCAAAUAUAGAGUGACGCCACACUCUACGACAGGUAAAACGCCUGCAGAGCUACUUAUGGGACGAAAAUUAAGGACACAUUUGGACUUACUACAACCGAAUGAGCGAUCAACUGUACUUCGUGCUCAAGCAAAGCAAAAAUCUGGGCAUGACACACAUACAGUCCAGAGAGUUUGA